CCGGGGGUGGAAGGGUCCUGUUUGCAGCGGGCAGGGCGAGAUCUGGUUCCUUUGCCUGGGAUUGGAAGAGAAGCAGUUGCUGCAGAGAGACAGUUUUGGUUUUUUAAACUUUAUUUUGGGCUGAUAUGGCAAACCACAUAAUGCAAUGAAAACCAGUUCCAUUGUUAUUCAAGCCCAACUCUUAGCAUAGAAUCUGCAAAGCUUUGGUGUCAGCAAAACUCCCAGGUGACUGACAGUUGAGAGCCGAGUUUGCUGCGAUUGGCGGCCUGAGGCAUCCAGUGCUUUCUUUGCCAUGUUUGGCUCCUCGCGAGGAGGCGUGAGGGGUGGUCAAGACCACUUCAACUGGGAGGAUGUGAAGACAGACAAACAAAGGGAAAACUACCUCGGGAACUCUCUGAUGGCCCCAGUGGGCCGCUGGCAGAAGGGAAAGGACCUCACGUGGUACGCCAAGGGGAAGAAAGGAGACGCGGCUCUCUCCCGGGCGGAAGAAAUGGCCGCCAUCCGGCAGGCUGAAGAGGAGGCCAUGUUGGCAGCUUUAGGCUACAAGAAUGUGAAGAAGCAGCCAACCGGAUUGAGCAAAGAGGAUCUUGCUGAGGUCUGCAAACGAGACGGAGCCGAGCGGGAUGAGAAGAGCGUGGACCGGGUAUUGGGUCUGGGGAGCACAAGAAGUUCCGGGAGCCGGAUGGUGUUUUCCAAAGAAGACAAGGAAGCCGCUAAGCUGGGGCUUUCGGUCUUUACGCAUCAUCGAGCAGCAGAUAGCCCCGAGGCUUCUGCCACUAACAGAAAGCCAGACAAGGAAGAAGACAGAGAAGCAAAAGAGCCGGAGGCCCCAAAGAGAUCCAGAAAGAAGGAAAAGAAGAAGAAGAAGAAACACAAGAAAGAGAAGAAAAAGGAAAAACGCCAUAAAAAGAAGACCGCGUCGUCUUCUGCUUCCUCGUCCCCGGACGAUAGGGAAAGAAGAAAGCGCCUGUCCUCCCCUCCCGAGGGCCAUCCAUCAUCCUCCCAGCAGGCUGGAGCCAGCCGCCCUGACAGCCAUUCGUCACCCUCCCGAGGAGAACAGAAACCGCCCAGCAGGUGGCGCUGCAGCCCAGCUUCUCCGGGCCGUGGCAAGGAAGGGAUCCCCUGCGGCCGGCCACCCUCAAGGGGACAUUCUCCCAAGCCGGAGAGGGACGGCCGUUCAGCGUCUCCCAGGAGCAGGGGCUCAGGCGUGCAGAAAAGGAGGAGAAGCGAGUCCCCCACAGCACACGGAGCCAGGAGGAGGCACGACACGGACUCGGACGAUUAAAACCUUGCUCGAAACCGAGGAGACUGCAGCCUUUUCAAAAAGUAAAACCCCGAUUCUUGCCUGGGAGCGAGGAGGGGCUGAGAAAGUUCCGAAGAACUGCGACUAACUCAAGGUCACCCAGCAGUUUUAAUGUGGAGGAGCGGGGAAACAAAUCGAGUUCACCAAAUAAGAGUCCGCUGCUCGUGUGGAGGCAUGGGGAAUCGAACCCGGUUCUCCAGAUCAGAGCCCACUGCUCUUUACCUCUGGGGAAUAUGUUUUGGACUAUAUAUUGUUUCACAUGUGCCAUAGAUGAUGUGUUGCGUCUUGUAAAAUUAAAGCGCCCUCCCCCAAAA